CUCAAGGUUUGUUCGGUGCUGAAAACAACUCUGUAGAUUGUUGCACUGCGACCGGCCAGUCGUGCCCAGUUUCAACACGGCCGGCCCAAUGGAUCAGACCAACGAAGAGACGAACCAGGAGGAGGGCGUCGCAGAGUGUGACGCUGCGAGCGAUGCAGGGAUGAGUCAGCCUGAGACAGACGUGCUCAGCUUUGAAGAGAAGGAAGGACAGGAAGGCAAAAUUGAGAAGGAGAAGAUUGAUAUGGAAAACAUGAAAGAAGUGCUGGAGCUGUCUCAGACAGAGCUGGUUGUUUUGUCCAAGUCCUGGGAUAUGCUCAUGACGGCGCUGGGUGGCGAGCGAGAGACCGUGGGCGAUGCCAUCUUCGGCGCCCUGAGCAACCGCUUGACCGCCAUCCAGGAAGCCUUCAAGGGUCGUCCUAGGGCCAUCAUCUCCUUGAACCUCUUCAACGGCUUCCGGCUCUUGUGUGAAAAGGCGGUUGAUCCCCAGGAUUUGAAAAUCCAAGUAGAGACCUUGGCCUUCAAGCAUUUGGGGAAUGAAAUCACUCAGCAGCGGGUUGAUGGCGUUACCGAAGCCUUCCUGGAACUGAUGCAGCAGAACGUGGCUGAGCUGCCACCGGGUGCGGUGAACGUGUGGCAGAAGAUGCUCACCUACACUGGCUCUUGCUGCAGGUACAUUAGUGCCACCUACACCGACCGAUUGAAGAUCAUCCAGGAAGAUUGGGCGGUGAUCCAAUCCGCUCAGCACGAGACGGAGUCCAACGAAGAAGAGAAGGUCACCCGCAGCUUCGGUGGAAUGUGUGCCUUCAGCAACGAGGUGAUCGGACAACCCACGGAAGGUUGGAUGGAAGAUCUAUUGUUGGUCUUCAGUGUCCUGGUGGAAAGAAUUGGCAACCCAUCGCACUUGAUGGAGGAGUGUGAGCUGCUUGCGAUCAACUUUGUCGCCAAGUCCAAGAGCAAGUCCAUCGACUUUGACAAGUUCAAGCCAGUGAUGUUGGCAGCACUCCGAUCUCUGCUUCCGAAGACGUGGAGCACCACGCACGAGACGGCCUGGGAGUGGCUUUGGGCAACCAUCAGCCGGAACUUGAGCGAUUCCUCUUCGAAGGUGAGGGCCUUUAAAGUCUACAAUGCCCAGCUCUUUGGCGCGUUGAAAGAAGAGCACCUCAAUACCUUCCGGAACGAUCUCUACACCGACUUCUUCGCCAAGUGCGCAAUCAGUCAGGAUAUCUUCAAGCAGUCUCAGACACGGUUGCACUACAUCGCCGAUCGUGUGCUGCAGUCCUCUUACGACAUGUUUCACAAGCCGAAACAGGAGAUGGUCGACGAGUUGUCCGCCCUCGGCUUGCGACAUGUAGGUUAUGGAGUUCCCAUCGAGCUCUUUGCACCCUUCACUGAUUCCUGCGUGCAGGUCAUCAAAACCGUCGCCGCGAGCAUGCCGAAGUCGGAGUCCACGAAAAUUGUCGCUUGCGCGGUGGCAGGGAUGACCCAGGCAGAGGAACGUGACGUCCCCGAACACAUGAUGGUCGAGGGCUUCCGUUGGUCCAUUGGCCUGGUGGCACGCUUGCUGAUGCGGAUCAUCACCGAGGGCUCGACCGCUGUGAUGCAAGCCAUCUACCAAGACAGUGCUAAGCUUUUGCAGGCCGCCUUGAAGGAAGCUCCACGUGAGUACAGGAACUUCUUGCAGCUGAGGGUCCGCGUGGGGAGUCAGUCGAUCUCACCCCUUUACUGGGCCUUGAGGAGCGGUGCUCACACCGCCGCGCGGACCAUGCUCGAAGAUGUGCUGACGAUCCGUGCAGACAGAGAUCGUUACUACUAUGGAGUCAACGAUAUUUUCAAGUUCCAGCCGGACAUCGCGGCAGAUUUGCUCCAAGAGGCACCCAAGCUGGUGAACGUGUUUUUGGAUGGGCUCAUUUGGCGCUCGCACAAGACCAAGGACAGUCCGGCGUCCGGUGGUGUACUACAUGGAACAUUUGCUCCAAGAUCCCGACGACGAAAAGAUGAUCUCACGAGCCUUCGUGAGCUUCGUGCGCUUUCGAAACCCCAAGAUCAUCGUCCAUCCCAUCUUGAUCUUCGUCUCAGACCUGGUGUGGAACAAGCUUGCUUUCUCAAUCAGCCGACUGUGAUGAGGGAUCCGGUGUGGUCUAAAGCUCUUGUCGGCGUGAGAGUGUUGGUCUAUACCAUGGGCUUUGCCAAAUUGCUCUACUCCCACGUGCGCGAGCUCUAUCGAUCAUCUACUCGCCAGGACUGGAAAAUCAUUUGGCGCGUUCGGGUUCCGACGUACCUGCUGAAGGGCCCUGAGAUGCUCAGUUUCAUGCUGAUGCUCAACAUGGCUUCAAUGAUGGUGGUUGAACCGAUGAUUCAUUGCUUUGGCACCUCAGAGAACUUCGCGGAGUUCCAGUGUGAGAACUGGACGGAUGACAUGAGCCUGGCAUAUGAGGUCUUCUUGGUCAUAGGGAUCUUCUUGUAUGUGUUCUUGAUCUUCGGGAUUGGCAGUAGCAUCUCCAUCGAGAUCUCGGAGUACCGCGUCCUAUGUAUGAGCGCGGUGAAGCAGGUGGCACUGUGCUUGGGUGUGGUGACCUUGGCGAUCUUCACCUUCGGUUUCGUCAUCACCGCCAUGACGCGUGAGAUCGGGAACCUUUCCAGCAACGAAUUCAUGGAUGUGGGUUCAGCCAUCAGCAAUUUGGCCCGCUUGGCCAUUGGCAUGAUGGAUACAGGCGAGCUGCGCAACAUCGCUGAAGAAAGUCCGUUUCUUCUCAUUGUCAUCUCGAUGUUCAUGCUACUGGUGUGCAGUUUCUUCUUCAACAUCCUGGUCUCGCAGUUCUGCGGUGUCUACUCUUCUUUGGCAGAAGACAGCGAAGGUCACGCUAGGCUCUCACGUGGAGAGGUGAUCCUGGACACCCUCAAGGCGGUGCAGAUGAAGCAAUGGAAGAGCUUUGUGGAUCUCUUGGCCUUGGAUCAACGCACCGACUUCGACGAAGGUGAUAUUGGACUGGCUGGAGGGGUGAAAGUCUUUGAGCCGGCCGGGGCGAAUCCGAAGACACAGGACCAGAUCAUCCGCUUUGGCGGAGCCACCGAUCCCUCGUUGCCGUGGCCAGAGAGGAAUGAUGACAACACAGAGACGACGGAGAAGAACCUUGACCGAUUCUGUAGGAUUGCGCAUUCCUUGAAGAAGUUGAUGAAAGGCAGCGCCAAGGGCACCGAGAGCGACCAGACCAGCAGUGUGACCAAGAACAGCUCCGUCAGCAAUCACAGCGACUGAACGAAAUGGCAGACGCUAGCUUCCGACACGGCUCACUACUUACUCAAC